ACGGCCUUCCACUGCACGACAAAGCUUCCCUGAUGGAUUCUGAGGACAGCCCUACUCUGUGGGUACAGAGAUACACAUUUAGAAGGCAGCUUGAUAUUGUGUUCAUUUAGCACAAUGAUAGGACUAGACUCUCACUUCUGGGGCCUGUGAGUUUGCCAGCCAUGAUGUCUUGGCCAGAUUUACAGUACCAGAUAUGGGUUUCCUCCUGUGGUAUGGCCUUAAAAUCCAAUUAGAAAACAGUUGGCUACUCCCCUAACAUUCAUGCUGCUAUGGCACCAAUGGGCAUAUCUUGCCAUGUCAGUCAUUAUUGUAACUCAUAGGGUUCACAGCUAGGUACGACUGUUGCUCCUGGUCAGUACCAACUUGAUUUUUUCCCCAUGUCCUAUGACUAAAGUAUUUGAUGUCUUUACAAUAAGGUCUUAUCAUGCAGCUCUUGUGAGCAAUCAACAGCAAUGACAGUUCCCUGUACUGUUUCAGGGGUCUUAGGACACCUGCACCCAAUAACUUGAGGGAAUGUAUCUCACACCUGACACUGGACUUUUACACACUAUUCCCUAUGUAAGGUAGCUCCAAUGUAUGCGUGUGUGUGUGCACGCGUGCGUGCGUGCGUUCAUGUGUGUGUGUGUGUGUGUAUGUGUAUGUGUGUGUGUGUGUGUGUUUAUGUGUGUGUGUGCAUAUAUGGCCUAUAGGGCUUUUUAAAUCACUCUCAAUGUUAGUAAUUUUCCUCCAACACCUUCCUCUUCCCUAUCCUCCCAUCCCUCUCCCCAUUUAAAUUUAUCUCCCCAUCAGUAUUCCCUCUUCCCCCUUCAUACCACUGUCUUCUGUCUUCCCCCUCUCCACAAAUGGUCUCUUUCUAGUUCCCUAGCUUCUAAUGGUACUCAAAAUAAAAAAAAAAAAAACAACCCUAAAGAAUCAAAGUUAGGGUCCACAUAUGAGUUAGAACACACAGUACUUUUCUUUCUGGGUCUGGGUGACCUUAUUCAGUAGAAUGUUUUCCAGUUCCAUCCCUCCACUUUCUUAAUUUCAUUUUCUUUAUAGCUGAAUAAAAUCCCAUCAUGUAUAGGUGCUGUGUUGAUGUGAAUGAGAAAUGGCCCCCAUAGCCUCAUCAUUUGAACACUUGACCCCCGGUUGGUGGUGCUGUUUGGGAAGAUUAUGGGGCUUUUAGGAAGUGGAGCCUUGCUGGGGGAAAUCUGUCACCGGGAGACAGCUUUGAGAGUUUAUAGUCUUGCUCCUCUUCGUGUUCUUUCUGACACCUGUGGGAGAAACGUGAUUAGCCAGGCGUUUGCUCCCGCUGUCACGCCUUCCCAGCCUGCCGCCAUGCCUUCCCGGCCUUGAUGGACUCCAUCCUACUGGAAUCCUUUCUUCCUUACGCUGCUUUGGUCAGAGUGCUCUGUCUCAGCAGCGGAGACAUAACGAAUACUGCCUCCACAUUUUCUUCAGCUGGUAGACAUCGAGGCUGUUUCUGUGUCUUUGUUCUUGUGAAGAGAACAGUGAUGAACAGGGGUGAGUGCGUAGCUCUGCUGUACCAAGUAGGGUUCUUCGGCCCAGGUCCAGGAGUGCUGUAGCUGGGUCGCAUGGUAGAUCUCUGUCUAGAUGUUUAGAAAGCACCACGCUGAUUUCUACAGAGGCUGUCCCUCUGCUGGAGCCCACCAAUGCACGCGGCUCCCUCUCCUUACGGUCUCAAAAGCGUUUGUCACUUGUUUGCUUAGUCUUAGCCAGUCUAAUUUGGGGGAGAUGUGUUUCCAACUUUUCUAUUUGCUUUUUGGCUCAAUUUCCCUUCCCUUCCCGUGCUCACAGUAUCAAGUUUCUCAUCCAUGGUACCGAUUCCCAUCUAUGUUUCUCCUCUCUUCUCCGGGUCCUGAAUUGAGUUUUUGCUUCAAUAGUCUGAUUGUUUGUAUCUGCUUUGCAGUCACUGAUGUUUUUUUUUUAAAUAAAUUCUGAAUCUGUUACCCAGUGUUUCAUCCAUUACCCAGUGUCUUUGCAUUUUUUAAUUACGAUCUUUUAGAAGAAUAAUUUUUGCCUUGGUUUUUCAUGGUUUUUGCUUUUUUCUGUGUUAUGAUUUAUGCAUCUAUUGGGAUGGAUAUAUUUUCUGGUUUUGUGAGUCUCUUUAGUGAGCAGUCUUCACUAGAGGGCCCCAAAUCUCGAACCACUCAACAUGAAGGUAAUAAGUUGUCAUAAAAGCAAUAACAACACCAGACAAAAAUCAGACAUCGAAAUAUACUUAAAAGCAACUGCUAAACCACCAAUAGAAAAGCAAAUGGCAAAACUAAUGAAAGCUUUAUUCUGUUGACCUGGUGCUGAGCCCGGCAUGGUUGAAGGUCAGCUGCUUUAAUCAUUUCUUUGUGUACGAGGAACCGCUUCUGACCACGAGCAGCUUUGGUCCCUGCGGGCCAGGCAGGUUCCCAUUCAGGGGAUUCUUCAGCUUGUACAUCUUUGGAUUGCUAAUGUCUAAGGCAAAGGGGUGUCUCCUGAGGAUGUUGGGGUGUGGGAGAGGCGAUGAAGCACCGAUUGGAUUGCUGAAGGACCCAAUCUUGCUCAGUAUUAAACACCCUACAGUAUAGAGUAUGCAGUAAUGUCCACGGGACCUGAGAACUGCAUGGCAAAGAGGAAGCUAUGCAGUUCCAGAGCCUUGCUGACUUCUGGCUCAAGGCUAUCAAUCUCCAUGGAGUUACCUGUUUCCAGCCAAAGAAAGCAGGGCCACCAGGCUUCACAGUCCGGGCCUCCUGCAGCUUUCUAAGCAUGUCCCUAUCAAGUUCUCAGAGGAGCCAUCACUGCUACGUGCGGACCCCUCAGUGUUUUCAGACCUGAGCAGUCCGGUCUUAAGCAAUAUGCCCCCGGCCCUGACGGUUUGGGAACAGCCCGAGUGUAGAGAGUGCCACAUGGACUUCUGACUGUGGCGCACCACAAGUCUGUCAAGCCAAAUCCCCGGAUGGAUUUAGGACUUGUGAGAACUCUAAACUUGUUCUGUGUGUAGGACUGACUCUCUUCAUACACAUAUGAAGAAACACAUACAUGAGUGUGUGUGUGUGUGUGUGUGUGUGUGUGUGUGUGUGUGUGUGUGUGUGUGUGUAGAUCGGUAGAAAACUGCUGAGAGUUGGUUCUCUCCAGUGUGGAUGUGAGUAUCAAACUCAGGUUGUCAGGCUUGGCAGCAAACAUCUUUACUCAGCGAGCCAUUGCACCAGUCCUGUGCUGGCCUGGCUUACAUUGUGGAAGAGUUUUUGGCUCCCUUUCUUCCGCUGGGAGCCUGCUGGACUGGCUCCUCGCUUUUUGCUGCUUAGCCUUUGUAUUUCUCCAUGCUGUUCUCUGUCUCUGAAUUCCUUUGUGUUUUCUCACACCCUUCUAUGUUUCCCCUCUUUGCCUAACAUCCCUCCCCCUUCCAUCUGACUUUUCUCGUGGAAUCUCGUGGAAUCUCGUGGAAACUGCUUCUAAUCUUCCAUGUUGGCACACCCCUCACAUCGCCCCGCAAAAAGGAUUCUUGAGAAAUAGUAACGCCAUCACAGAGAAAGGCAAUAUCUUCUGCCAUGCAUGAAGCUUCUAACCAACAUGAGUGUAGAGAAUAUCUUUCUCCCCCCAAGAAAUAGGAAGAAGGACAUUGUGUUGAAUUAUGAUGUGAUUCCAUAGGUUAUCACAGUCAAAUUCUGUAAGGAACCAUUUCUUCACCAUUCUGAGCAAGGGGAAUGGAUAUUUCUGACUCCAAAUUUGGGGAAUACGCAUGGAGUGGCCUGUUGCACUAAUAGAUUUCUUUACCUUUAAUCCUGAGCACCUAUCACCAUGAACUUUUCUGCUAUUCCUGUAUACAAUGCAGAUAUAAACGUUUAGAAGUUGACCCUUCAUUAGAUAUGAAAUUUGGGACAACAACAGCAACAAAAACCCUCAGCUGUGCUCUUGAAUGUCACCCACAAACUUGGCAUGAAGCCAAGUUUCCCCAGUUCUUUGUUUCAUCUCCUGGUGUUGCUUGGAUAUUAGUUUAUCAACACACGGAAUUCCUGCGACUGCUGUGUGACUAGAAAACAUUGCAAGAAAGCUACCUGGAGUAUGCAUGUUAGCAUUUAAAACAGGGACCCACAGUAUAAGGUACAAGACAAAGAAAAAUGAGGAGAAACUUGAAAAAGCAGUACCAGUCCCAGAAUGUUCCACAAAUACCUCGCAUUCAAGUGUCUGCCUCUGCUGUUGACAAUUCAUUACUGAAGGACCUAAAUCAAGGGCAGAGACGCUACUUCUACAGCAUCAUGAGGAUUUAUGACUCCAGGUCCCAGUGGAAGGCCCUGCAGACCCGAUACAUUCACAGCCUUGGGUACCAGCAGCAGCUGGGCUAUAUCACUCAGCAGGAGGCCUUGUCUUGUGCUGCUCUGCUUAGACAUUCAACCAUGCAAGCCUCAACCAAGGUAGAUCCUCAAAGGACCAUUCCCCGAAACUCUUCAGCCACGCAAAGAAAAUGCCGUCCAGCAAAACCAGAGUCUAGAGUUACACCCAGGGCCUCCAGCACAGCACACUGAGCAAGCAUCAAGACCCGAGGCUAUGCAUAAUCUCUAAAAUAGAUAGCUUAUCUGUGUAUUCCUGGCAAGUGGGGGCUUGGUAUAUGUUUGUUGUAUGAUAAUGAAUAAAAUAAUACUAAUAUAAACUCCAGACCUACACAUAAUCCCAUCUUCAUAUAAAUGUCGCCAACAAGAAGAAGAAGUUGGAAGAUUUGCAAUCUAUAGAGCAGAUAAUAAGCAAGGUUUAUCACAUAUAAUCUGUAAAAUAAAGGGGCUUUCAAAGCUUUCAAAGUAAAAGCUGCUUAUGAGUUCCAGUGUCCCAGUGAAGUCUCAGGGGAGUAGAAGGGGACAAGUGACUGGACCCCUCUCCCUGGGUGACAGCUGCUGGCAAGCUGCCCAUUGCACACCUGAAAAUACACGAAGCCACACAGUCAGUGACGAGCGCCACAUGCCUCUUCCUACCUUUAUCUCCACCAGGCAAUGAGAUUCACUGUGGCCCUGCAGUUUCUGGUUCUCUUGACUCAAUCACAUUUCUGUCAUUUUUGAAAUCUGUGUUCUUCAGUCUGCUACUGCCAGGCUGAUUCUCGACAGCUGUGAUUGACCUUGACAUGGGUAAGCUAAUUCAUGCACACACCUGCCCCUGGCAGUAACAAACGCUCUCAGCAGAACAGAAAACAGCCCCAAAGAAUUGAUCUCAAGUCUUGUCUUUGAAGAUCUUAAGAACUCGUACAAGACCAUGCAAAUGAGCAGAUAAUGAGAAACGGCCAGUCCGGUUUCUCUGCAAACGGCACAGUGUCAUAUUAGAUAUGUUUAAUAAUGACUUUCUUCACCAGUUUUUCUCUUGUGUGUGCCAAAAAUUAGUGAUCCUAUACAGUCAAAUUAAAAACUGUCACUUCCUUAUCUUUAUUUUUUAAUGCCAUUCAUGUCAGCCAAUGAAGAAAUUGUUGAGAUAGACCUUAUUUCACAAGAGAGAUUGAACAUUAAUUUGAAAAGAAGUUGUUACAAUACCAACACACACCCUUUCCAGCCAAAACCCAAAAUAACAACAACAAAACAAAAUUCCCUCAUUGAUAAUUGCCUUCUCUCUGCAGCCAUUAACAUAAAAGAUAUGAAAUCAGUCGAAGGCUUCUAAAGAGCCUCAAUUGUCGGGUCUCCGAUUCCACCUGACGUUUCUUUGGAUGGUGUGAGGGGCAUGGUUGUCCCACCUGUCUGUCAGGCAGUCUUGGGAAAGCAGGAACAACCUCUGACCAGAUGGAGACGAUGCUGCUAUGGCUCGUACUGUCCAUCAUCAGUGUGGAGAGACUAAGGGGCCAUUUGCCUAAUCAUGAAGCAGCUUCUUGAGCACCCUGACACUGAUUCAAGUACUCUGUGUAGAUCACACUGUUAUAUUAGGGGUUGUUAGGUAGCUUUUCAAAACCCCAUACAACUGGGGUGAGCUGUGAGGUAACCCUCCUAAGAGGUAGAGGAUGAUGGCUGCCCUAACAGUCCACAUUAACCUUCCCCUGUUUCCACUCCCAGCCUUUUAUCUCUGUGAACUGCUGACGUGCACUUUAUCAUGGGCUUUUUGCACCUUGGUUGGCCUAGGUACCUGCUGAGUCAGCGUCAGCUCAUGGUACAGAAUAACAGGAAUAACAAGCAUGGAGGAUGCUGCAACCUUGUAUCAAAAACUCUCGGGAGCGUUUGUUCCAACAGAGGCUUUUACAAUCCUAUGGGCAGGUGAAUGUCACCGGCCCGUAAGAAGGACAAAUUAAUAGAUGUAAACUGGUGCAGGAUCCCUUCUUGCUGAUUCCCCCUUCUGAGAAGAUAAUGUUUCCUCUAAAGCUAGAGCCCCACAUUUCAAACUUGUAAAGAUGUGGUAGCUUAGGGAGCUUAAAAAAAAAAGAUGCUCACCGAAAAGGACACUGAGAAAGAUAAUCAAGGAGGUAGAAAGGGCACACGAAGGUUUUAGGUAACCCUAGUGCUUUGACCAAUUGGAGACUGUGCUGCUCUGGCUCACAAUGAUCACCAUCAACACAGGGAUUUCAAGGAACCAUUUUAUCUAAAAUUGCUGAUACCUGAAAGAGACCCUAACUGUGGAAAGCUGUCCAUAAUGCUUGUUGAACAAUACGGAUGUUUUCAAAGUCUGCUAUCAGACUGGCCUCCCUCUGGGUUUGGGAUGUACUUCAAGGGUCCCAGGAAGCUACACAACUGGGGAGGCCUGGCAGUGGUUAUCGGGGAGAAGUGAUCAGAACAGUUCCUCCAAGGUGCAGGCAAUAGCGGGCAGCAAAGCAUUUUCAAAAGGUAAUAAAGGUAAUACAGCCAGGCAAAGUUGGUCUCCAUUUUAUAAUUGCCACAAGACAGUCAGGGACAGAAUGUGCUCCCCGCUCCUUCCUUGCUAUCAAUCCUAAACAAUUGCUAAGGGAACACGAGUUCUGGGUUUUAAUUAUCCUUCUUGUCUCUGUUGGGAAGAGUCUGGAAAACUUCUUGUGUUAUGGUUCAGACAUCGUUUGAUUGUACUGAAUGGGACCUGUGUUGGGAGUUUUGUCCUCAGUGUGCUGAUGUGUGGAGAUGGGACAGAGCUGUUGUGAUGUGGAGCCCCACAGGUUUAUGGGGAGUUAUGGGAGGCAUCACUCUCAGGGGACUUGAUGUGGCUCUUAUGAGACCCCAGGUCGUCCUCAGGAAAAGCCCAGCAGUUGUAAGACAGCAAUUCUGAUGCUUCCUUGUCCCUCUUGGUGAGCAGCCAUUUUGUAAAUAUCCAAGUGUUCUUAGACAAUUGUAUAUUCUCUCAUGGACGACUGUGGAAAUAGAACAUUAUGUCCAAUAAACCAUACUCAGUAAUUUU